AUGGAGCUUCCUGGGGGCCUCUGGCUAAGAUUCAGCGGCUCGGUCCUGGAGGAAGUUGUGGGCGGAGGACAGAGGGCGCCCCUGAGCUCAGAUGACACCAGGUCUGCUCGGGUUCACCGGUUGCUGUGCCAUAUCAACAGCUUUAAUGGAUGCCCUGGAAGACAGUGCCAGGGCAUCAUGGUCCCCAAACGGCCUUUGGGCCUAAGGAGCUGCCUCUCCCCCGGUGGGCGCGGGCCUGGCGCAGCAGGAACUGCUCUGCGGGUACUGUUGUGGGAUUGGGGGUGGCGACAGGGAGAUGGGGAGGUGAAGGUGAAGUGUCUCGCAUUCUCUCACUUCAUUGCAGUAUGGCAGGAAGCGGACCUAUUGUCAGGACCCUGUGGUCACAGGACCAUCCCUUCACGUAUAGUGGGUGGCGAUGACGCAGAGCUCGGCCGCUGGCCAUGGCAAGGGAGCCUGCGCAUAUGGGGUUCCCACUUAUGUGGAGCGACCUUGCUCAACCGGCGCUGGGUGCUUACAGCUGCCCACUGCUUCCAAAAGGAUAGUGAUCCCUUUGAUUGGACAGUCCAGUUUGGCGAGCUGACUUCCAAGCCAUCUCUCUGGAACCUACAGGCCUAUUCCAACCGUUACCAGAUAGAAGAUAUCUUUCUGAGCCCCAAGUAUACGCAGGCAUAUCCCCACGACAUCGCCCUACUGAAGCUGUCAUCUCCUGUCAACUACAAUAACCAUAUCCAGCCCAUCUGCCUCCUGAACUCCACAUUCAAGUUUGAGAACCGAAAUGACUGUUGGGUGACCGGCUGGGGGACUAUUGGAGAGGAUGAAAGUCUGCCGUCUCCCUACACUCUCCAGGAAGUGCAAGUGGCCAUCUUCAACAACAGCAUGUGCAACCACAUGUUCCAGAAGACAGACUUCCGAAUAAACAUCUGGGGGGACAUGGUUUGCGCUGGCAAUCCUGCUGGUGGCAAGGACGCCUGCUUUGGUGACUCAGGAGGACCCUUGGUGUGUGACCAGGAUACGGUGUGGUAUCAGGUUGGAGUUGUGAGCUGGGGUAUAGGCUGUGGGCGGCCCAACCGGCCUGGAGUCUACACCAACAUCAGUCAUCAUUACAACUGGAUCCGGUCGACCAUGAUCCGCAAUGGGAUGCUCAGGCCUGACCCAGCCCCCCUGCUGCUGUUUCUCACUCUGUUCUGGGUCCCCUCGCUGCUGAGGCCUGCCUGAGCCCA